UUUACUUAUAAGCGCGAAACGAAUCGAGAUCAUCAUCAGAGUUCCGGUAAACAAACAUGAAGUGCAUUAUUUUGGUCAUUCCAGUUUCCUUUUUACUCGUUUCCGUUCAAUCUAGAACGUCAGGUUAUUAUAUUCCAAAUUUCGAGCAAGAAGUCGCAUUAUUUGAUGGCACAGAAUUAUGGUUUCUGGAUGAUAAUGGAAAUCCGGUACGGGCCACCUUGGAUCUAGUUUCAGUUAUAGAAUUAAUAUCGGACAUGCGUCAAGUGGUAAAGUUUAAGCUUUAUACGAGAGAAACUGGGAAAAACUAUGAAACUCUACACAUUGGUGAUGAGAACGCUUUGGUCAAGAGCCAAUUUGAUCCAAAAAAACCGACGCGAUUCUUUGCACAUGGAUGGUAUGAUAGUAGUGAUGGGAAAACCAGCAUAAAAGUUCGUGACGCUCAUUUAAAACGUGACGACUGUAAUUUAAUUUUAAUUGACUGGCCACGCAUAGCAGUAGGACUCUACACAGUAGUAAGGAUUUAUAUGCCAUUUCUAGGAGAGCAUGUGGCCUCAAUGAUUGAUUUUCUAGCAGAUCAUGGAAUGAAUUUGAACACCACAACUUUAAUCGGUCAUUCACUUGGCGCUCAUCUUGUAGGACUUGCUGGUUAUAAGGCAAAGAGCAAAGUGAACUACGCUGUCGGGCUCGAUCCUGCUUGGCCGCUUUAUGCAUUCUGCAAUACCGAUUGCAGGAUAACAUUUGAAUCUGCCAAAAUUGUUGAAAUCAUCCAUACCAAUGGCGGUUUGCUAGGAAAUCCGUUUGCCAUCGGUGAUGUGGACUUUUACCCCAAUGGAGGAGGAUUGGCUCAACCUGGAUGCGCUUUCGAUAUAUUCGGCUCGUGUGCUCAUAAACGAUCAGUGGAACUUUAUGUAGAAUCAAUUCUGACAAAAACUGGGUUCUAUGGGAUUAAAUGCACUUCUGAAAGACUGGAUAAAUGUGAUGGUCGACUAGAAACGAUGGGCGGCAUUGAUCCUAUUUCCAAGCACGCAGGAAUAUACUAUUUAAAAACGAGAAACAGAAAACCAUUUGCACUGGGUAAUAUAUUUAGUAAAUGAAAUAGUUUAUGAGAAUCAAAAUUGUGAUGAGAUAACAAAAUUGCUUUGUCCUAAGGAACGGUCUUGAAACAAUUUUGACUAAUCGAAAAAACUAAGACUGAUCUUCCAAUAUAAAAGGAUAAGGCAUAAAUUCUUAUACAGUAAAUAAAAAAUAAAAUACGGAA